AUGGUUUCUGCUUCCCGUGAGCUGAAUUACUCGGCAGGUGUUCUGGAAACAGACCAACUGAAAAUGGAUCACACAGUAACCGCGCAGUCGCCUCCCUCCGACAAUGACAGCGGCGAACGCCCUGUGCGACAACAACUCAAGGAGACUAACCUUGACUCUGUGGGUGAAAAAGACGGCUCUGCCCGUGCAAACCGAAAGCGCUCCCUCGACAACACAGAUGGGGCCACCGACACACCCCCAACCAAGCGAUCCCGAGAGUGCACCCCGGCCAACACCACGGAAGACAAUUCCAAUCACGCCGGAAUCCCUAAAGAUGCAACUACCCAAGAUGUGAGUGACGAUGUGCUGCUGGCAGCACCCGCGAACACUUCAGUUUACAAUACACUGUUCCACAACACGAUCAUGAGCCAUAUCCCCGAGGUCACCAAGGUCCAGCUUCCCCUGGACCUCGAGAUCAAGGUCUCAAUUGGUGAAUAUGAGCAAAUUAGCCAUUUGUUCAUUCCUGUUGAGAUUGGUCUCAAGGUGACAGCCGGAGCGGUCUCCUUGGCUUCCCAGACUUCGAGAUCCGCUGAAGGCGAAUCAUCCAAAAUCCAUAUCACCAUUCCUUCUGCAAAGCCUAUUCCUCUAUCUGGACACCCUUCCCCUGGAAACCCUUCCCCUGGACACUCUUCCCCUGGACAUUCUUCCCUUGGACACCCUUCUACCACGCACCCUUCCACUGCGCGCCCUUCCACUGGGCAGCCUUCUCUUGGGCAGCCUUCAUCUGGGCAGCCUUCAUCUGGGCAGCCUUCUGCUGGGCACCGUUCACUUGAAUCCCACAUACAGGAUGACCCUGAAUUCCACAUCUAUGAAGAGCCUGAGUCAAUUGGAGAUUCUUCAUCUGAAGACUCCCUGCCUGACUAUUGCUCACCUGAUUACCCGUCCUCCCCGCCUCCUGUCCCAUACAGUCCAACGAACCCCGAUUACCCUAGACCCAAGGUGGUUGAAGUCUUUGAUUCUAACCACUCUCAAUCCCCACAGAAUCUCGAAACGGCCGCCGGCGGAAACGAGGAUGAUUCUUCACAAACCCUCAAUAAGAAACGGAGCCGAGAACAACUUGAAGAUGAUGCCUCGAAGAAUUCCCACACUAUGACUGACCCCGCGCCCGGCUUGACUGAGACAACUUCGGACGAAAAGUCUAUUGCCGAAGGACAACCCGAGAAGAAGAGACCCCGCGACAAUUCGGAGGAGCGCAAGGCUAAGGUCGACCAGACUUUCACCACGAGUGCAUUCGGAAUGGCUGCUUCUGCCAACGCACCUUCGCCUUUCGCAAUGCCUGCAACUAAGUCGACUGCUGAUGCUUCACCUUUUGCAACCAGCGGUGCCUCGACUUCUGGUUUCGGUGCCCUCGGAUCCGGCUUCUCUGCCUUCGGCAGCGCUUUCCCUGCUCCAUCUGGUAAACUCACCAGUUUCGCGUCUCCAAAUGCCCCCUCCGCUUUCUCUGGAACAGCUGGUAAACUGACCAGUUUCGCAUCUGUCAACCUCCCCACCAGCUUCUCUGGAACAACUGGUAAACUGACCAGUUUCGCGUCCCCCAAUGCCCCCGUUUCUUUUGGCGAAUCCAGUGACAAGACCCUCGGUGCCAAACAAUCCGACAACGAGGACAGUGACAACGAGCCAGUGGGUGAACCCGAUGACACCUUUGUUGCCGAGAAGACCGACGAGCGUUUCCACGCACAAACUGGUAUGGACCCCUUCUUGUUGCCUUUCCCCAGGAUCCCAAACAUGGCCAGUGGCUCAUUCGGACGUGAAAACCCAGUUGAAACCGGCGAAGAAAAUGAGAGCACCGAGUUCGCAGCUAAGGGCAAGCUGUACUACUUCGACGAUAAAAAAUGGAAGGAGCGUGGUACGGGCACCUUCAAGGUUAACCUCAAGACGGAGUCCAACGGAAAGAAAUCUGGCCGCAUUAUCAUGCGCGCCGAUGGUGCCUUGCGUGUUAUGUUGAACAGUGCGGUUUGGCAUACUAUGCCCGUUGGUGAUUCCAAGGGUUCUCGUCCGGCCACUCGGGAUAUUUAUCUCGCCAGCAAGGAAGAUGAGAAGGUUGUCAGCCUUCUUCUCCGGCUCGGUAAUGAGAAGCAGUCCGGUGAACUGUUUGAUGUACUAAAGGAUAUUAUGGAGCAGAUUUGA